AACUAUUAGUUUUUUUGGGAUAUUUUUUCAAUGUUGCUGAUAAGUUGUUUGAAAUUUAAAAAUUGCUAAGUUUAGUUGCUGUUAACUGUCUGAAAUGAAAACAACAAUGGGAUAUAGGGAACGGUAUAUAAUGUCGAGAGAUAGUGGAUUUAGUUCUAAAUACAGUGAUUAUUCACUGGGAACAGGAAAGAGAAAAGCAUCAUCCUUUUCUCCAAUAGAUAAACCGAUGACCUUGCCACGAAGUACAAGGACGUUGUCAAGGAAAAGUCUUUACUCUCCAAAAGUAUAUCAUGUAUCACCGAGGAAAAAUGUUGACAUACUGAAAAUAUCGAGACAGAGCACGGAAUCCAUGAACCUACUGCCAAUGACACCAGAGUCUAGACACAGUUUUGAUUCUUUAGACAGUUGGCGGUUAUCACCUAGGGAACAAGUUGAUAGACUUAGAGAAAACUUAAAAUUUCCGUCAAAAUUUAGAAUUUAUACAAAACCGUCAAGCAGAAGUUCAGAGUUAACAAGAAGUACACUGUCUUCUCCAAAGAAAUACAUAUCCUCACCAUCUUACAGAAGACUGACAUUGCCAGAUUCUGGUUUACCAAGGUCACAGAGGGCAUCUACAGAGUCUGUCUUAUCAGGGUCAAGGUCACCUUCAUCUUCUGUUGCUGGUGAACAAAAGGAAAAGGAAGGAGAACAAAAACUACUAGGUCACGAGGCCGCCGCAUCAAAUAUCGAUCGAUUCAACAAACCUUUACAUACCACGGGACAAACCACAUUUGGGUUCAAAGGCUUUCCAGACAAUAAUAUGCUGCAGCCGAAGCAACCUUUACGACACCAGCCUUCAGCAGAUCUCACUUCAGAUGUAAAUAGAUAUUUUAGAAAAGAUUCGCCUCCAGAGUGGCAUCCACCACCUAAUCAACCACCACCCAGAAUGCCGUCACCACCACCACAACCGCAGAAAGAACCAGACUGGUUACAGGAAAAGAGAAAUACCCCACCACAAGAAGCUCUCCAUCAAACAAUUUCGCCUCGUUACAAAGAUGAGCCACAAUCUUACAGAAAACAUCCAAUCAUUCGUGAUCCACACGGAGAACUCACGUCAGCAGAUAAGAGAAAGAAGCUUGAUGAGAUUUACAUAGCAGAAGAGGAUUUAGCAAUGGCACGCCAGAGAAAGGAAAGAGAAAAGCUCGACAAAAUUAAAGAGCAGCAAAAGAUAAGGGAAUUACAGGAUUCCUACAAACCCUGGGGUCGCCCAGGGGGCGGGGCCCCUAAUAGAAUCCGUGAAAUGCAGGAGGACUUUAAUCCCUUUGGACAACCUGGGAGUGGAGCUCCACUUGGUGAUAAUAGAAAAAUGAAAUUUACAGAACAUCAACUGCAUAAAUCACCAGAGCCAAAAUAUCAUGUACCGCAGGGGGCAUACAAACUUAGAGCCUAUUCUGCCAUGAAGUACGCAGAUGAAGACAGAGGAAUGGACUAUAUGGUAAGAAAUAGUAUGGAACAGAGGAACAGCAUGCCAGAAAGAAGAGAAGCAUUUGGUAGAGCGGCAACAAUGCCGAUGGUCAGAACUUCUUAUUCUGAUUCGUACCGUCCAAGAACUGACAUACUUAGGGAACAGGAGCGCGAGAUUAGCGAGCUCCGACGUGACAUAAAUCAGCUGGAGCGCCAUCCUGAUUAUCAUCACGAGCAUGACCGUCGCCAUGAUGACUAUAGGGAACCUGGUAAAAUGGCUGACAGGAAUAACAAUAUAAAUGAAAUGUUGCAUGACCAGGCCAAACAGAUGAGACACCUAGAGCAUGAGAUUGAAAGGUUAAAAGAACCACAUCUCUUAAAGCCAGCUGGCAAGCCUACAUGGCCUUUAAUUGACACUGAUAUGAAGUUGAGGGCCCAGGAUGACAUGGCAUAUAGACGAGAUGACAGACCAAUGUAUGAUAACCCCAGAGCUCAGUCAGAUGAGAGAUUUUUAGAAGACUUUGAACCUCAGACUGACCGAGCAGGCUAUAGGAGACACAAUAGAGAUAAUGAAAUAUUUGGACAGUCAGUACAAAAAGUUCCCGAGUAUCUCAAUGUAUCGCCAAGAAGACACCCAGUUGGGAAAUUGUAUAACAAAGAUUCAACAUAUACAACAGACUUUGAUGUACCUUUUGGAAAACAUGGCAGCCGAAACCUUGGCAACCCUAACAAAGAUCCCAUGGAACCGUUCAAUCCAUUUGGUUUGGAAGGUGGUGGUGCACCAAUGGUAGAUGCCUCUGGUCAGAGGAAAACUCGUAUUGCAGGGUCUAUGGGUGUUCUUGGGAGAGAGUUGUCAUAUUCAGCCAGAGCAAGAAAGGCACACAAACGUGACCUGCUCCAUAAACUUGAAGUUCACUGUUAA